AUGGAAAGUUUAGAUGACAGAUGGAAUAAUCAGGUUGAUAAUUUCCAUAUGAAGGUAAAUAAACUACGAUGUGAUAUGAAUGAAUAUAAGAAAGGGUGUUAUAAUGCAUACAAUUUGAGAAAUAAUAAGAAUGACGUAUUUGAACACUUACAAAAUAAUAAUAUGAAAAGAAGAGAAUUGAUACAUAUGAAUAAUAAUUAUGAAAUAAACAAUUAUCUAAAGAAACCUCAUAAUCAAACGUAUAUAUUAAAAGACGAUAAAAAUUCUAAUGUUAAUGAUGUAACCUUUCCAGUGUCCAAAAAUAUUUCAAACAAAGUGAUAAAAACAAAUGAGGAAAAAAUUUUAGAAAACAAGUGUUGUUUCAAGUUGAAUGUUAGAAAUAAAAGAAAAAAUGAAAAGAUCAUAAAAAUUAAUGAGAAGCGUUGGUUGAUAGCUACAAAACAUGUAAAGAUAGAAAGGGUAAACAAAACUGGAAUUGAACAAAAUGAAGAAGAAAAAAAUAAAAAGGACAAAAAUAGAUAUAUAUAUUUAGAAGGGGAAGAAGGCAAUUUGCAUUUAUAUCCAAUGUAUUCAGACUCUGAAGUGGGGUUUGAAAAUAUCUCUCAUAUUGAAGAUGAAAGCUUAUCAAAGGUAAAAAAAGAAAAUCAAGAUGAUGAUGAUAUUAUGACUACAAAACAUCUAGCUCAAUGGAGUUCAGAUAUUGUACAUAAAUAUCUUGAAGAAGCCAUUGAAAAAACAAAGUCUAUUUUCCAAAAUUUUAAUAUGGAAUCUAGACAAAAAGAAAUAUUUAAAAGGAUCAAAUUAUAA